GAGGAGGAAAGAGAGAGAGAGAGAGCAUGUGAAGGAGAGAGGUAGACGGAGAUAUAUUCUCAGUCCCUCAGCCGGUGGCAGAGAGCUUGGUCGUUCCAGAAUAGCACAGGACGGUCCUGGUCCAAAGUCUGUUUCAGAGUGCGGGCCAGACAGUAUGUCGGAUUCUGAAGCCAAAGUAAACUCCAAAAAAGCUGGCAUUCGGGCUGCUGUCAUUCUGAUCGGACUACUGCACAAGACCAGACGGCAGAGGGAGAAAGAGAGGGACAAGGAGCGGAAACAAGAGCUGCUGACCAUCUCCAGUGUGCCUCUGGGAGAAUGUCCACCCUCACCUCCCCGCACUGCACCACCCACCAUGAAGUCGGCAGAGUUCUUCGACAUGCUGGAAAGGAUGCAGCUUCCCAAAACUGAGGAGACUAAGAAAUACAAGGAUGACUACAUCCCUUACCCCCGAAUUGAGGAUAUCCUGGAGAAGGGUGGUCCCUUCCCUCAGGUCAUUUUACCUCAGUUUGGUGGAUACUGGAUUGAGGAUCCCGAGGCUCCGGUGGGGACACCCACGUCCUCAGACAGCAGCUUCUGUGAAGAGGAAGAUGAUGGUCUGAGCCCUGGUGGAGAAGGAGGCUUCGGCUACAGACUGGAGUGUAACAGCGUCUCACGGGCUUAUCGCAAACACUUUCUGGGCAAUGAGCACAUGAACUAUUACUGCACAGCCAGUAGUAUGGGACACCUCAUCAUGUCUCUGAAGUAUGAGGAGGCAGAUGGACAGGAGUCUCUCCGCAUCAUGCUCAGGUCAAAAACAAAGACUCUUCAUGAGCGAAUCCCACUUGAAGGCCUCAUCCAUCUACCAAGUGUACCACAGAUAGCCAAGCUGCUCUGCGAUGACGUCACAGGUCUGAAGUUCAACCCCGUCCUCUACCCUAGGGCUUCGCAACUGAUCGUCAGUUUUGAUGAGCACGAAGUGAACAACACUUUUAAGUUUGGAGUCAUCUAUCAGAAGUUUGGUCAGACUACAGAGGAAGAGCUGUUCGGGAACAAUGAGGAGACACCAGCCUUUACUGAAUUCCUCAGUGUUUUAGGAGACAAUAUUCAACUGCAGGAUUUUAAAGGGUUCAGAGGCGGUCUGGAUGUGUCUCAUGGACAGACAGGAUCUGAGUCUGUCUAUACUACUUUCCGUCAGAAAGAAAUCAUGUUUCACGUUUCCACAAAACUCCCCUUUACAGAAGGAGACAUUCAGCAGCUUCAGAGGAAGAGACAUAUUGGCAAUGACAUUGUUGCAGCCGUCUUCCAGGAAGAGCCCACACCAUUCGUACCUGAUAUGAUCGCAUCCAACUUCCUUCAUGCUUAUGUGUUAGUGCAGGCAGAAAACCCUGGCACUGAUCACACCACGUACAAGGUGUCCGUCACAGCGCGAGAGGAUGUCCCUCCAUUUGGCCCCCCUCUUCCAAACCCUUCUGUCUUUAAGAAGGGUCCCGAGUUCCGGGAAUUUCUUCUGACAAAAUUGAUCAACGCAGAAAAUGCAUGCUGCAAGUCAGACAAGUUCGCCAAACUAGAGGAGAGGACACGUGCAGCACUGUUAGAUAACCUUCACGAUGAACUGCACAGACAGACACAAGCCACAGUAGGACUGGGCUCAACUACAGAUGAAGAAAAACUAGAAAACGGAGGUCAUGGAGGCCUGCUGGAGUCUUUUAAGAGGGCCAUGCGUGUGAGGAGCCACUCCAUGGAGACGAUGGUGACUCAUAAACACAAGAGUCCUGGGGUGACAGCAGGGGUCCCAUCCAGUGUCAGCGGUGGAGGACUCCAGCAGAACAGCGUGGAGAGCACCAAGAGCACCUUCACUCCUCCAGUGCUGUCUGCAAAAUCUCCGUUAAAGAGUCCUGUAAAGCGGCGCUCUGGUCUGUUCCCCAGACUCCACUCCAGCACAGAGAGUUCAACUGAGAAACAUCCAACUCGCAGUGACCAAAAAACAGAAGUGUUACCUCAGUCGCAGGAAGUGAGGUCAGAGACAUCAUCCAAUCCGAGCUCACCAGAGAUCUGCCCGAACAAAGAAAGGCCAUUUGUGAAGCUGAAAGAGUGUAGCGGCAGAGCUAAUAUCUCUAUCUCCCGAUCCUCCUCCAGCACCAGCAGCUUCAGCAGCGCAGCAGGGGAGGGGGACGGACUGGAGGAGCUGGAAAUGGUGACACACACACACACACACACACAGACAAAAGAGUUCUGUUGACCUUUUAGGAAAUUCAAGAGUGCACUGCAAAAAUAUAGAUUGUUUAGUUUUAAAGGGGUCAUAUAAUGUUGCUAAAAAUAUCAUUAUUUUGUGUAUUUGGUGUAAUGCAAUGUGUUUAUGUGGUUUAAUGUUAAAAAAACAUUAUUUUACACAUAAUGUGCAUUUUUGUUGCUCCUCUAUGCCACGCCUUUUCGAAACGCAUUGAUUUUUACCAAGCUCAUCGUUCUGAAAAGCGAGGUGUAUGCUGAUUGGUUAGCUAUACAGUGCGUUUUGAUUGGCUGAAUACCUCAAGUGUGUGACCGAAAUGUUACACCCUUCAUCAUACUGUGCUGCCGUGUCCCAGUGCGACAAGACAACACCAAUAAAACCCAUUACAAACCAUUAAAUUACAUUUGUUCCAGUUGGAACAUAAUUAUGGAUUAUAAUGACUUAUAUUGUCUUUUUACACGUUGCAUUGCAUAUCGCACCACGUUAACAUAAAAACAUUCAUCUGCAUUUGUGAUCGGAGAAAUAACAAACAACAAGCGCUACUCUACUCAGCUCAAAACUUGCUUUUAAAUCAUCAGUGGCAGAUUCUUUAAAUAUUUUUGGAAGGCCAAAACAAAGUAGUUUUGCUUUCACAAUGAAACACACAGUAUCUCCAUGACCUGGCAAUGCCAACAAUACUACAGCGAGAAUCUUUCUUUGCAUGAACAUUUGGGUGGUGUUAUGCAAAUCUUUCCACACAGUGACGUAAACAUG